UCCGCCGUGUUCUCCUGCCAUCCCUCCGAUGUGGUACAAAUUACACAAUCAGAGUUGCCGGCAUUUCUGAUGAUGGGAAAAAAGAGGAAUUGAGUUCAACGGCCACAUUAGCGACCCUUAAAUGCCAACACCAAACCGAGAAAAACGUGUAUCACGAUGACCCCGGUCAAUUCACGUACAUGUAUAUUAACGAAGAUGCUGAACUAACUGCCACUGCUGACGAGAAUUUGUUAAUUACCCUUGCUGUAAUUAGCUCAGUGACCCUGGUUGCAACAGGCAUUACUGGCUCAGUGCUAAUCUACAUCAGACGGAAGAGGAAUCGAAAAGCACUGAUGGCCAGUCGGAAACAUAAGGCCUCACGAAUGGUGUCAAACUCCAUCUACGACCUUCACGAGGAAUCCGACCCUAUUCUAGAUGCGGACACCGACGACUAUGAGAUAGAUCUCUCUUGUCUCGUAAUGCAUGAAGUUGUAGGGGAAGGCACCUUUGGCCGCGUGCAACGAGCCGAGAUGACAGGGCAAAACGCGAGAGUCAAAGAGAAGAUAGUAGCAGUCAAAUUGUUGAAAGAAUUUCCAACUUCGGAAGAGCGGCAGUGCCUCCUGCGAGAGAUCAUGUUGAUGAAGGAUCUCGAAAACCAUCCGAAUAUACUCAGCAUGGUAGCGUGCUGCACAAGGGGGCCGCGGAUGGGACUAGUCAUGGAAUUUUACGCCAGGGGCAAUCUGAGGAACUAUUUACAAACUCUUCGAGAAAAGUACUCGCCAGCUCCUUAUUAUCCCACGGUUGGGUUAGUAGAGAGGCGAUAUUAUCUCUAUGAUAAUGGCAGCACUAUUGGAGACGAAGACGUCCCUGCUCCCGGACAUGAAUAUUAUGAACAGAUGAAGCCUCGCGAAGACGACACUAACAGUAUCCCGGAUGAGGUGGACCCCUGCGAUGACCACAUAUCGUACAGAUUCUUGAUUUCUUGUGCCAGACAAAUCGCCAAGGGGAUGGCUCAUCUAGCACAAACGAAGUUUGUCCAUCGCGAUUUAGCAGCAAGGAACAUUCUAGUGGACGACAACAAUGUUUUGAAGAUCUCUGACUUUGGGUUAAGCAGGGACAUCUACGAACAAGGUUACUACCGAAAGGUCACCACGGGCAAGCUUCCGGUCAAAUGGAUGGCACCUGAGGCCAUCUUCGAGCAGAAAUACACAACAAUGAGUGACGUGUGGUCCUUUGGCGUUGUUUUAUGGGAGAUCCUCACCCUCGGAGGUUGUCCGUACCCGAGCAUCAGCAGUGACGAGCUUUUUAAGUUACUCCGCGAUGGUUACAGAAUGGAGAAGCCAAACAACUGCUGCAAUAAAAUAUAUGGCAUCAUGUUGAACUGCUGGCACCCUAACCCUGUUGAUCGACCAACCUUCUCUGCCCUGUGUCUACAAAUUGACGAAAGCCUGAAGAGAUUAAGGCCGUAUCUUGAUUUGGCUGAAGACAGCACAGAAAUGAAGGCGGACACGGAAGAGGAGGAGAGGAAUUCUUUAAUGUAGAGGGUUGACAGGUGCACAUUUUUAAUUCCGAUGGGUUCCAACCAAUUGAAAAAAUCCCGAUUCGCAUUCAAUGUACUCUACUUCCGCCUUGAUCGUUUGAACACUAUGCUCACACCUACAGGGUAUCCCGUGUUACGUUGCCGAGUUCGAGAUGGAAGCACUGGUGAUGACUGCAACAUAUACCACCAACGACC